AUGUCCACUAGUGAACUGCAGACCAUCCGGGUGAACGACCAGCACCUUCUCACUGAACCAAAGAGCGAACUGCAGACCAUCCGGGUGAAAGACCAGCACCUUCUCACUGAACCAAAGAGUGAACUGCAGACCAUCCGGGUGAACGACCAACACCUUCUCAUUAAACCAAAGAGUGAACUGCAGACCAUCCGGGUGAACGACCAGCACCUUCUCACUGAACCAAAGAGUGAACUGCAGACCAUCCGGGUGAAAGACCAACACCUUCUCAUUAAACCAAAGAGUGAACUGCAGACCAUCCGGGUGAACGACCAACACCUUCUCAUUAAACCAAAGAGUGAACUGCAGACCAUCCGGAUGUGGAGUGGAUCGUUGCAAGCCCUCGUUAUCUUCACCUCGAUGCUGGUGGCACCCGCACUCGACUCCUUUCCACAGACAUUCAUGGUUGGCAAGGAGGACGGGGAGGUUACUCUCACGUGCAGCACCCAGUUUCAGGGAGCUGUAACCUGGAAGCACGACGAUGACCCUGUGCCUGCGUCCAGAUACAAUGUGAUGAAUGGACACACCCUGACACUGCACGGCCUGGACUCCGAGGGCAGCCCAGGAAACUACACCUGCUGGGGCAACGACCAGCUGCUGGACCACUCCUACCUGGUGCUGGAGCAGGAGGAGGAUGAGGAGGAGGAGGAGGGUGAGGAGUGGGAGGAGGAGGGUGAGGAGGAGGGUGAGGAGGUCCGCCUCUCCUGCUCAGCCAAGACCUACAGCUGCUCCUUUCACUGCACCUGGAGACUGACGGGCUAUGAUGUGGCCAGGGUGAUGCACCAGCGCAGUGAGGCCAGCGGAGGCUUGUCCUGGGAUCUCGGCACUCGGAUGCAGGACGGGUUCCACUUCCACCUGUCGGACCUGAGCUCACCCUUCACGGAGGAGGACAGGCCCAUCCACCUCACUGCCGAGGCGCUGAGCGGUCAGCGCUACAAGAAACACCAGCUGAGAUUCUUCCUUCAUGAAAUCAUUGAGCCAGACGCGCCAGAGAUAAAGGACUGUGUGCGGACUGGGGACAGCCUGAACGUCUCAGUGGAGCCCCCCUCCUCCUGGGCCAAACCGUAUAGCUACUACCCCCUCGAACCCGAGGUCGAGUAUGAGAACAAGGAUGAUGGCAAGAUAGAGCGCUCCAUGAACCUAGUCAUCCCCAAGGACAUCACAAGGCUAAGGGUGCGAGUCCGAGACCCCUACUUCAAUUCCUCCUGGAGCAAGUGGACCCCCUGGAAAAAAGUAAUCCAGUGAUUUUAGUGUCAGGGUCACAGGGUCAGGGCCUCUGCACACAGCUCUGCAGUAAGAGCAGCAAUAACAAUCAUAACAGCACGGUAAAGCCUUCCUUACUCCUGUCAUCUGUCUUGCUGUGUGCAUGUCCACUUCUACCCUUUUUCAUUGGAAACACAGCCCUCCAUCUCCGGUACUGUAGAACAGAACAGUUCAGUACAGUAUGUUUGAUAUUUACACAUAAAGG